CUUUUGAGGACGCAAGGGCUAUCGUUGCUUGAACCAAACCAGAAAAUUGCCACAGAGGCGAUUGCACGCAACGAUUCGGAUACUACGGAAUACUCUUAUGAUCUAUACCAACUAAUCAGUGCCGCAUAAUAUCAUCAACGGAGCUCAUGGAUAUCCUCUCCAACAUCAGCGCGCCAUCCAUGGCGAUGGCAUCAGCCCUUGCGGUGACAGCAGGGGCCUAUCUCGAUGCGAAGCUCGGGGUUUCUACAGACAUUUCGUCAAUUAGGAACGAUCGUUCCUGGAUGAAGCGAUUGGGCCAGCACAUUGCCGACUUGGGAGACUCAACGACAAUUUAUAGGAUGCUGGAGCGUGCAGUGGAUGUGGAUGGACAUGGUUCAAGGGAGGCACUAUGGUUUGAACACAAGACCUGGACCUAUUAUCAAUUGAAGGAUCUGGUCGACCGAAUGGCAGCUUUACUUCAUGCCAGGGGCCUCCAAUCCGGCGACGCAGUUGCCGUAUUCAUGACCAAUUCCCCUGAGAUGGUUGUUAUGUCGUAUGCUUGUGCAAAGCUGGGUGUCGUGGCUGCGCUUAUCAACACAAGUUUGCGAGAUGACACAUUCAUACACUGUCUCAACGUUUCCCAAUCGAAAUCAAUCAUCUCAACACCGGACUUGUCGCAGUUUGUAUGCUCCGACUUGCCUCAUUUUGCGCUGAGCCUUUCAUCCUUCGAGGGAGUCUCACCCGGACCGGUCGAGCUCGUCACACCAGCCGACUUGCAAGAAUACUCGUCCUCAGGAAUUGCAGUGGCUAAGCAGUCUCCCAGCGAUAUCGUUGUGCUCAUUUACACCUCCGGCACGACGGGGAAGCCCAAAGCCUGUGCUAUCAGGAAUAUGCUAUCAUUGGUCACAUCCACCCCUCAGACCGUCGAUGUUGACAAUCCCUCCAAGUACUACCCCUUGCGCACCUACUCUCCCCUUCCGCUCUUCCACGGCACCGCAUUCUUCACUGGUCUAUGCUACUCGGUUGGCAAUGCAUCCACAUUGUGUUUGCGCCGCAAAUUCUCCGCCUCACAAUUCUGGAAAGAUGUCCACGAUUCAAGAGCCACUAGAAUCCUCUACAUCGGAGAACUCUGCCGUUACCUUCUAGGAACUCCUUCGUCCCCCUAUGACAAAGACCAUUCGUGCAUUGUAGCCGUCGGAAACGGUCUACGAGAAGACAUCUGGGAAGUCUUCCGCCAGCGCUUCGCAGUCCCCGAAAUCCGAGAAUUCUACCGCUCCACAGAAGGAGUAGCCCGGUUCGACAAUUGGGGUGUUGGUACAUGGGGCGCCGGAAAGAUUGGGUUCUCGGGCGCUAUCAAGCGAUACCUCGAGGACGAGGUCUUCAUCGUCAAAUACGAGACUGAGACGGAAAUGCCCUAUCGCGACCCACAGACGGGAUUCUGUGUCAAGGCUGCGCUUGGAGAGGAAGGAGAGGCCAUUGGACGGGUUAGGGACCGCGGUAUGCUUAUCGAGUAUCUUCACAAUGAGGAUGCGACGGAGAAGAAACUGCUUCGCGAUGUGUUUGAAAAAGGAGAUAUCUUCCAACGCUCGGGAGACUUGGUCGUCCGGGAUAGCGCUGGAUGGGUGAAGUUCCAGGACCGAGUGGGAGAUACUUUCCGGUGGAAGGGCGAGAACGUCAGCGCGGGAGAAGUUCGCGAUCAUAUCUGUUCAAUUCCAGGUGUCUACGAUGCAGUGGUCUAUGGCGUGAGGCUGAAUGGGUACGACGGCCAAGCCGGCGCCGCAGGAGUCACCCUCCAAGACGCAUCCGCAGCCACAGAGAACGAAUUCAUCAGUGACCUCCAUCGUCAGCUCAGAACGAAGGGCGUACCAACGUACGCCGUCCCACGCCUCGUGCGACUGGUCAAGAAGGUCGCAACCAGCGCUACCUUCAAGCAAGCCAAGGGUGAUCUGGUCAAGAAAGGAUGGGAUCCUGCCGACACCAAGGGGGAUAAGCUGUACUGGCUGAAUGGGACGAAAUAUGAGAGACUUGAUGCGCAGAGUUGGUCGUCGAUAGAGAGUGGGCAGGCUAAGCUGUGAUCAAUCUCUGGUGUAUUUGGUUUUUAUUUUGGUCAUUAGAAUGUUUGUAUAUAGGUUUGGAUAUACCUUACUAGGACUUAUAGGGCUCUGCAAAUGUAAUAUCAACACUUUAUUAGAUG